AUGCGUCAACUCGACGUUCAUAACGCCUUCUUGAAUGGGCGUGUCAGUGAGGAAAUCUACAUGCGUCAGCCUCCGGGCUACGCUAACCCGAAUUGCCUGGAUUAUGUGUGUAAGUUACAACGGUUGUUGUACGGCCUGAAACAGGCCCCACGGGCUUGGUUCACUAGACUCCAUGACUUCUUGGUCCAGAUUGGGUUCUGUCCGUCCAAAACAAACGUCUCUUUAUUCAUUUAUGAUUCAGGAACAGCGCGGGUCUAUAUACUCGUGUAUGUAGAUGAUAUUCUGCUCAUGGGUAAUGACUCAGCCAUGCUCAAAAAACUUUCCACUGUGUUCCAUAUCUGUGAUCUCAGAAAACUGAGGUUUUUUCUGGGCAUUGAGGCCACUGAGAUGGCCGACUCCAUAGUUCUUUCGCAGAAAAGAUACAUGACUGAGCUUCUUCGUAAAGCGGCUAUGGAGUCAUGCAAGCCGCUAGCAACACAUAUUGCUUUGAACACUCAACUUACCCCAGGUGAAUCGGAUACGCUAGACGAUCUAACUCCGUAUCGCCAACUUGUUGGAUCGUUAAUGUACUUAUUGAUCACACGACCGGACUUAGCAUAUUCUGUAAACAAGCUAUGUCAAUUCAUGCACACCCCGACGCAGAGUCACUGGGCGGCACUCAAGCGGGUGCUAAGGUACGUCAAAGGCUCACUUGAUCUCGGGCUCCACCUUGCUCCCACAGCUACUCCAGUAAUUCACACAUUGUCCAACUCGAACUGGGUUGGUUGCUCCAUUGACACGAGGUCAACAGGUGGUUAUGUGGUCUUUCUAGGCCCCAAUCUUCUGUCCUGGGUCUCGAGGAAGCAGCGCACAGUAGCUCGCUCCUCCACAGAAGCCGAGUACAAAGCCCUAGCCGAUGUCGCGGCAGAAGUCACGUGGAUACAAUCACUUCUCCGUGAGCUUUGGUUGCUACCCUCGACUAUCCCGUUGUUAUGGUGUGACAACCUAGGUGCGACGUACUUAUGUUCCACGCCAAGACGAAGCAUGUUGAAGUGGACUAUCACUUUGUCCGAGACAAAGUCGCAAGUGGUGCCCUCAAGGUUAACUUUGUCUCCACCCACGACCAGUUGGCAUAUAUCUUCACCAAGCCGCUGUCCGGCUGUUCGAUUUAAUGAUCUUCGUCACAAGCUUGGCAUCGUUCCUUGCCCCCGCUAA